CGCCGCCACAGAGGCAAGGGAGCCUAGAGCGGCCGGAAGUGCCCGUGGCCGACGCCAUCGGCCGGCCGGGUUCCAGCCUUUGUUCCGUGCCUCCGGGAGAUCGCGGUGGUGGUCCCUGUGCGUGUGCGCGGGCGAGGUGAGCACCUGUGGCUCCGGGCUGCAUAAGCAGCGUCCGCUGCCCCGGAGAGAGGACAGCCCCGCUCGGUGCGCGUCCGCGCAGCCUUCGAGGGCGCCGGCCGCCCGGGGUAGCGUGGCUUUGCGCUCGCUGCACCUUCCGUCGUUUCUCCGCCUCCAACUUUCUCUCCGAAACAAGCUUCCCAGAGACCGGCCUUGAAUCCGCCCCAGAGACGAUUAUCCUCCAGCACAGCCCAGAAUGGCCGCAGCCCUGGAACCCGAGGGACAAAGAGGACUUGGGGUAGUGAAGGCAGAAGACCGUUACCGGGGACGGGACCCCGGCCCACAAAACUACAGCCCCCGCAAGAGGGAAGUGUUCCGGCAGCACUUCAGGAGGCUCUGCUAUCGGGAUGCACCCGGGCCCAGGGAGGCUCUCACCCGGCUGUGGGAGCUGUGCCGCCGGUGGCUGAGGCCGGAGUGCCACACCAAGGAGCAGAUUUUAGACCUGCUGGUGCUGGAGCAGUUCCUGAGCAUUCUUCCCAGGGACCUGCAGCAGUGGGUGCAGGCGCACCAUCCAAACACUGGGGAGGAGGCGGUGAGCUUGCUGGAGGACCUGGAGAGAGAGCUGGAUGAGCCUCAGAACCAGGUCCCAGCCAAUUCAGAAAGACAGGACACGCUCUUGGACAAGUUGGCCCCCUUGGGAAGGCCCCAAGAGUCACUGACUGUCCGGCUCCAUCCCGAGAGGAUCCACGAGGAGCAGGAAUCUGGGGAUCCCCAGAGGAAUGGUGAUGAAACCAGCACUAAGAAUGAAGUGUUGUCCCAGAAGGAAGAUAUGCCCCAGGACACACAGUUCCUUGGCAAGGUAAAUGACGGACUUAACAAAGACAUUCCUCUGCCUCCUGAGCCCAGAGAUGCUACUGAAAGCAAGGGCAGAGUGGAGUGGCCGCAGAGGGAAAGAAGGCACUACACGUGCGAGGACUGUGGGAAGAGUUUCAGUCACAGCUCAGACCUCAGCAAACACAGGAGGACUCACACUGGAGAGAAACCCUACAAGUGCGACGAAUGUGGGAAGGCCUUCAUUCAGCGCUCCCAUCUCCUCGGACAUCACAGAGUACACACUGGAGUGAAACCUUAUAAAUGCGAAGAAUGCGGGAAAGAUUUUAGUGGGCGCACAGGUCUUAUUCAGCACCAGAGAAUCCACACGGGUGAAAAACCCUAUGAAUGUGAGGAGUGCGGGAGGCCCUUCCGCGUGAGUUCGGCCCUUAUCAGACAUCAGAGAAUUCAUACAGCCAAUAAGCUCUACUAAGAUGGUGAAGGAACCGUUCUUAGCUCCUCAGGCCUCAUUCGUUCCCAGAGAAUCCGCCUUAGACACUGAGUAACCUGAAUGCAGGCAAAGCUUCAGUCAUUAAACAUUUCUCCGGCACCACAGAAUCUACCUGAGAAAGUUUCCUUUUAUUUCUAAAUUAGUUCAGUUUCUUGGGAAGAGUUAAGAGUUAUUUCAGAAAGCCUUGUCUGUUGACAUAACUGCUGACUUGCAGCCCAAAAUAGCCAUUUUCUUGGUGGAAAGGCAGCGAAUGCUACUUCUCAGCUCUCCUUGUUACUUGACCGUUCAGUGUACAACUUUGGGCAAACAUUCACUUUAAGUUUAUUUGUUUACUUUGAGAGAAACAGAGAUCCCAAGCAGGCGCACACAAGUGUGAAGGGGCAGAGAGAGAGACUCCCAAGCAGGUUCUGUGCUGUCAGUGCAGAGCCCGACGUAGGACUCGAACUCAUGAACCAUGAGAUCACGACCUGAGCCGAAAUCAAGAAUCACACACUCAACCAACCUGAGCCUCUUGUGUGCCCCUAAACAUUCACGUUUUUCUCUGCCUUCGUUUCCCAUUCCGUAGCAUGCAGAUGACACAGCAGAAACCUACCAGAUAUAUUGUGUUAAGUUAAAGCUGCUUUUGAAAUUAAUAACUAAAACAAUACUAUUUGUUUUCCACCACUACUGCUAGAAUGGCCUAAAUAUUAAUCUCAUUUUUAUCUUAAAGUAGGGAGUACAAUCAUUUUGUGGAAUUUGUUUGCCAUUGCUGAAAAAGAGGAAACCAUCAGGAAAGAUAGCAAGCUAAGGAAGACAUUCCAGUGGAAAGGAAGGCAGUUAAGCGAUGAAUAGGAGCUAUUGGGAAGGAGGGGGGUGAUGGUGUAUUAGGCAUCUAUAAUGUGGAUAAAUCACUCCUGAGUUUCCCGUCACUGUAAACUGAAGGACAUGUGAGGGAUCGGUCUAGAACUGUAUUGUCCAAUAUAGUAGCCAGUCACCCACACAUGGCUGUAUAAACUUAAAUCAACUGAAAUAAAAUCGAAAAUCCUGUUCGUUAGUGACAUUUUAAGUACUCAACAGCCACGUGUGGCUAGUAGCACCUGGAUUGGACAACACAGAUAUAGACCAUUUUUAUCUGCAGAAAGUUCUAAAGGACAUUGCUGUCCUAAUCAAUCACUGGUAAGGUAUCUUCCAGCUUUGACGUCCUGUGAUUCUGAGUUCAGGAAGGUAGUAAAAGAGAUACCUGAGGAGGCUGCAACAGCAACAGAUAAAAUGCAAACACCCUAAGAAAGUAAUUUAGUAACUUUAUAGCACCUUUUCAGCCUUAGCAAAAGAGUAUAUUAUAAUUGGAGGAUUGAAGACUAUUAAAGCAAAUACAGUAACCUAAUCUAAAUUAAAA